GCAAGGCAGACCCACCAAUUCUCCAGCAAAGAAUUGAUCGAGUUAGUUGUCUUUCUUUGUUUUCUCAUUCUCUUUUCCGGUAGAAACUGGCCGUCUUUGAGCAGCUUUAUAAUUUGAUUUGAAAUUCGAUCUUGUUCCAGAGAUUGGAAAGUUUAGGUGGACGGAGACAACUAGAGAGUUGUUCCAGCCAAUGCAGAAAAUUCCAACUCAAGUAGAGCACUUGCCAUGAAUCUUUUCCCUUGGGACAUUCUAACGCAGGAGCCUCGAGUUUAACUGAAUUUCAGCAACAGCAGGGGUCGCAUUGGUAUUGGUAUCUGCCAACAAAAGCUUUCAAUCAGGAGAGACCAAGACAAUGGUUGCAUUUGGAAAUGCAGUGUUGAAAUUGGCUGGUAGCAAGCUUUCCAGCAAUCCGUAAGGCAGCUCUUUUACGGGAAAUUCAGACAGCAAUCAGGAAUACGGCGGAGAGAAAAUUACAAGCUUCAAAGUGCUCCGAAGGUGAAGAUUUCUACGUUUGAAAGUCUUGUGCAUCCUGUAAGCAGAUGGAGCUCGGCAGUAGAAUAAUGCAAAACGAGCAGACAAAACUGAGGUCAGAGCAAAGCCGCAGUUCAGUGUUUGAGCCCCAGAGAGAACCACAGGAGGGGAAUGAGCAAGUACCAAGUCCUCGCGGCUCACAACAACCGGUCAAUCAAGAAGCGCCGGAAAAGAAGCUUACACUCUUCGCCCUGCGGCUAGCAUUGUUUGAGAAAACAGCUAGUGGAAUUGGUGCUCUCGGUUUUAUCUGGGCAACAGUUGUUCUUCUUGGUGGUCUUGCAAUCAAACUCGAGAAAGUUGAUUUCUGGUUUGUCACUGUCCUUCUCUUAGUUGAAGGAAGUAGGAUUUAUAGCCGAAGCCAUGAGCUCGAAUGGCAGUGCCAAAAUACAUGGUCCCUUUCUGAUGCAGCAAGAUAUAGUUCACGAGCAUUCAGGUCCAGUUCCGGUCGCCUGGUUUACAUGAUCAAGGCUCUCUACCGACCGGUUACUUCUACUCUACCAUAUUUUGAUCGGCAGUCAAAAUUCACCUCCUCCACACAAGCAAAUAUGCCUGAUGACAGUCAACCACAAAUUAAUUCUAGGACAUGGCCAACAUCUGAGGUUCCUCUGCUACCAUACGCAGGUUGGGUUUUUCUGUCAAAAAACAUAAGCAAGCUUCUCUACUGGUUUCAGCUAGCUGCAGCUAUUGCAUGUGCAUUGCUUUCAUUGUUAAGGCUCUGCAAACAAGAUUAUGGCAAUCCAGACACCCCAGAAGCACAAAACAGGGCAUCUGCAUUGAACAUAUUCUACAGCCUUGCACUAGCUGAAGCUUUAGUUUUCCUGAUAGAAAAAGGAUAUUGGGAAUGGAAGGUGAGCAUUACGAAAUUCCUUGAGCAAGUUAACGAGCAGUGUGGUUUUGAUGAGUGUGGAAUUGCUUGGAUCCGCCGAUUUUUCUACAACGCAUACUCAAAAAGCAUGGAGGGGAGCAUCUUUGAUGGCCUGAAGAUGGAUCUACUGACCUUUGCUGCAGAGCUGCUGCAGUCCAAUUCAGUUGAUGAGCAGUUAACAGGUGCCCGCAUGCUGGUCAAAUUCACAGACAGUGCACGGUUCUCUGCUGAUGCAUUUCGGAGGAUUAGCACAUCAAUGCCAGUUAUGGAGAGGCUUGUUGAGAUGUUGAGUUGGAGGAACCACAAGGAAGAGGAGAUCAGGAAGUUGGCAGCCCAAAUUGUGUCAAAGAUCACAGGUAAAAAACAGAAUUCAUUACGAGUUGCUGGAAUCCCUGGUGCCUUGGAGUCCAUAUCAUCAUUAUUAUACAUGGGCACUGCCAGCAUCUCUGAUGAUGGGAUCCUGCAGAAAGGGAUAGUUAUGGAUGAAGUGGACUAUGAAUAUUCUGCUUUCAAUCUUCUAGGCUUGCGGAUUUUGAAAAAGCUUGCAAAUGAUCAUGACAACUGUGGAAAGAUUGGUACAACUAGAGGCUUGCUAACGAAAAUUAUCAAUUUCACACAUACUGAAGAAAGGAUGCUAAAUUGUGGGAGAUCUUUACAGAUAAUGACAGUGGAGCAGUCCCUGAAACUACUCAAGAAACUGACAAAGACAACAGGUGGCACUGGAGAGGUCCUGCGGCAGGAAAUUUCAAGCAUUGUUUUUACAAUCACGAAUUUGAGAGAUAUCCUGCAGUAUGGGAAGAGACAUACGAAUAUGCAGCCAUUAGCAAUAGGUAUUUUAGCAAGUAUGGCCCUGGACCAAGGUGGACGAGAAAAAAUAGGAAGAACAGGUGGGAUGCUAGACCUGCUAUUGGGUAUCUUUUUCAAUGAAGAAGCAGUUCAGAGUGCUGAUAUCAUUCAGAACCUGAGCAGUCAAGCCGGAGAAGCACUGGCAAUGCUGACACUGGAAAGUCCAAAGAACUGUGAGAGGAUCAUACAACUGGAAUCGGUUGAUAAGCUGGUCAACUGCCUUGACAAUACCAGACUCUACAUCAACUCGGCCAGAAUUUUACGGAAUUUAUGUGCAUAUGCAGGAACUGAUUAUCAAUAUAAGCUUGCUGGAGUUGCUGAAGCUACAAAACCUGUAUUGAAGGCCAUAAUGUCAGCAGAGAACAAAUCUCUAGAAGUGGCAAUUGGACUUGCCGCCCAAGUGCUCAGGUUAACAGAUGCUUCACAGUUUCACAUUGUACUUGCAUGUGCAGGCAUGGACAUAUCAAGAUUAGCAGAAAAACUAGUGCAAGUUCUACAAAAUCACCGAAAUCCCUCAGCCAAGGCACCAAGGAUGAGAAGGUUUGUAGUAGAGCUGAUGAUAACAAUGAUGCAGGCAGAGACGGAAAGCAGAGAACUGUUCAAGAAGCUUGAGUUGGAGAAGGAGCUCAAAUGUGUUGCAGAGACCACUUCGGAACUUGAAUGCUUCAACAUUUUCUCAGGCAGUGUAGGCCUGAGCCCACAUACUACCCCCCUUCACUCACUUGUACAUACGGCACAGGAAUUGUUGAACAAUGACUCGUCCUGUAAUAUCGCAGUCUGAAAGAUAACAGCAGCAGAAUGAUGAUGUACAGAGAAGUUCAAUUUGUUAUGCAGCUGAAGAAUUCAAGUUUGCUUAUGCUUUCAAGAUGCAAACUUUAGAGGUUGGAACGCAAAAUCCAUACAGAGAGUUUGUUUAUUAGUACUUUUUCCCAAAUAAAUAAAUAAUAAACACUAAUAUGAUGAC